AGUGUGACAGGUUCCACAGAGCUGUCACCCUGCAAACUCACCCUUUCUCCAGGAGAACAGGCGCAGAGCUGCAGUGGAGGGUACCUAUGUGGCUUCCCUGUCUGACACAGAUUUGCCUUCAUGUGAACAGUGCUCGGCAUGGCAGGGAUUCCAGGGCUCCUCUUCCUUCUCUUCUUUCUGCUCUGUGCUGUCGGGCAAGUGAGCCCUUACAGUGCCCCCUGGAAACCCACUUGGCCUGCAUACCGCCUCCCUGUCAUCUUGCCCCAGUCUACCCUCAAUUUAGCCAAGCCAGACUUUGAAGCCGAAGCCAAAUUGGAAGUAUCUUCUUCAUGUGGACCCCAGUGUCAUAAGGGAACUCCCCUGCCCACUUAUGAAGAGGCCAAGCAAUAUCUGUCUUAUGAAACGCUCUAUGCCAAUGGCAGUCGCACAGAGACACAGGUGGGCAUCUACAUCCUCAGCAGUAGUGGAGGUGGGGCCCAACACCGAGACUCAGGGUCUUCAGGAAAGUCUCGGAGGAAGCGGCAGAUUUAUGGCUAUGACAGCAGGUUCAGCAUUUUUGGGAAGGACUUCCUGCUCAACUACCCUUUCUCAACAUCAGUGAAGUUAUCCACAGGCUGCACCGGCACCCUGGUGGCAGAGAAGCAUGUCCUCACAGCUGCCCACUGCAUACACGAUGGAAAAACCUAUGUGAAAGGAACCCAGAAGCUUCGAGUGGGCUUCCUGAAGCCCAAGUUUAAAGAUGGUGGUCGAGGGGCCAAUGACUCCACUUCAGCCAUGCCCGAGAAGAUGAAAUUUCAGUGGAUCCGGGUGAAACGCACCCAUGUGCCCAAGGGUUGGAUCAAGGGCAAUGCCAAUGACAUCGGCAUGGAUUAUGACUAUGCCCUCCUGGAACUCAAAAAGCCCCACAAGAGAAAAUUUAUGAAGAUUGGGGUGAGCCCUCCUGCUAAGCAGCUGCCAGGGGGCAGAAUCCACUUCUCUGGUUAUGACAAUGACCGACCAGGCAAUUUGGUGUAUCGCUUCUGCGAUGUCAAAGAUGAGACCUACGACCUGCUCUACCAGCAAUGUGAUGCCCAGCCAGGGGCCAGCGGGUCUGGGGUCUAUGUGAGGAUGUGGAAGAGACAGCAGCAGAAGUGGGAGCGAAAAAUUAUUGGCAUUUUUUCAGGGCACCAGUGGGUGGACAUGAAUGGUUCCCCACAGGAUUUUAACGUGGCUGUUAGAAUCACUCCACUCAAAUAUGCCCAGAUUUGCUAUUGGAUUAAAGGAAACUACCUGGAUUGUAGGGAGGGGUGACACAGUGUUCCUUCCUGGCAGCAGUUAAGAGUCUUCAUGGACUUAUUUUAGGAGAGGCCAAAUUGUUUUUUGUCAUUGUCAUUGGCGUGCGCACGUGUGUGUGUGUGUGUGUGUGUGUGUGUGUGUAAUAUGUCAUAUAAUCUUUUACCUAAUUUCUUAAAAUUGCAAGAUGACUGGCUUUAUUAUUUGAAAACCGGUUUGUGUAUCAUACCAUAUAUCAUUUAAGCAGUUUGAAGGCAUACUUUUGCAUAGAAAUAAAAAAAUACUGAUGUUUGGGGCAAUGAGGAAUAUUUGACAAUUAAGUUAAUCCUUCACGUUUUUGAAAACUUUGAUUUUUAUUUCAUCUGAACUUGUUUCAAAGGUUUAUAUUAAAUAUUUGGCAUACAAGAGAUAUGAAUUCUUAUAUGUGUGCAUAUGUAUUUUCUUCUGAGAUUCAUCUUCUUGGUGGGUUUUUUCAUUUUUUCCUUCAGUGCCUGAUCAUUGAUGCUUCCAUAAGGUAGUGUUCCCAUUUAGGAACUUUGACAACAUUUGUUAGGAAGUUAGAAUAUUUUGGAUUUGGAGGCAUUUGCACAGUAGUCUUUGAACAGCAAAACAAUGUGUUGACUAUACUGAUACACAUAUUAAACUAUACUUUAUAGUAAACCAGUAUCCCAAGCUGCUUUUAGUUCCAAAAAUAGUUUCUCUUCCAAAGGCUGUUGCUCUGCUUUGUAGGAAGUCUUUGCAUAUGGCCCUCCCAACUUUAAAGUCAUACCAGAGUGGUCAAGACUGUUUAGCCCAACUCUUCCACUUAAUAGGAUUUCACUCACGUUUCUGGAAGUAGCUAUUUUUCAGAAGACAAUAAUCAGGGCUUAAUUAGAACAGGCUGUAUUUCCUUCCAGCAAACAGUUGUGGUCACACUAAAAACAAGCAUAGCAUUUUACCCCUGGAUUAUAGCACAUCUCAUGUUUUAUCAUUUGGAUGGAGUAAUUUAAAAUGAAUUAAAUUCCAGAGAACAAUGGAAGCAUUGCUUGGCAGAUGUCACAACAGAAUAACCACUUGUUUGGAGCCUGGUACAGUCCUCCAGCCUGAUCAAAAAUUAUUCUGCAUAGUUUUCAAUGUGCUUUCUGGGAGCUAUGUACUUCUUCAAUUUGGAAACUUUUCUCUCUCAUUUAUAGUAAAAAUACCUGGAAGUUACUUUAAGAAAGCCAGUGUAGCCUUUUCCCCACUAGCUUUAAAAGGGCCCCUUUUGCUGGAAUGCUCUAGGUUAUAGAUAAACAAUUAGGUAUAAUAGCAAAAAUGAAAAAUUGGGAAAAUGCAAAAUGGAUCAGAAUCAUGCCUUCCAAUAAAGGCCUUUACAAAUGUUUUAUCAAUAUUAUCAAAUUACAGCAUAUAAAGAAAAAACUUGGACUUACUGUAUGUUUUUAUUUUAUGGCUCUCAGCCUAAGUAAGCACUUCUUUCUAAAUGUAUCAGGGAGAAAAAAGCAAAUGGACUACAAGGCACAUGUUUGCUGUUCUUCCACCCCAGGUAAACCUGCAUUGUAGCAAUUUGUGAGGACAUUCACAUGGAGCACUGUCACUUAGACAUUCUCCAGGGCUUUCUUGAGCUUUUUGGAAGGAUAAUUCUGAUAAGACACUCAAGGAAUAUACAACCACAAUGCUUUCUUCAAAUCAUAUAAGAAAUACUAUGCAUAGCAAGGAGAUGCAGAGCCGCCAGGAAAAUUCUGAGUUCCAACACAAUUUUCUUUGGAAUCUAACAGGAAUCUAGCCUGAGGAAGAAGAGAGGUCUCCAUUUCUAUGUCUGGUAUUUGGGGGUUUUGUUUGUUUUUGCUUUAGCUUAGUGAAAAAAAGCUCACUGAACACCAAGACCAGAUGGAUUUUUUUAAAAAAUAGAUGCUCCUUUUAUGAAGCACCUUGAUUCCUCGAUUGUGAUUUUUUGCAAAGUUAGACAAUGGCACAAAGUCAAAAUGAAAUCAAUGUUUAGUUCACAAGUAGAUGUAAUUUACUAAAGAAUGAUACACCCAUAUGCUGUAUACAGCUUAACUCAUAGAACCGUAAAAGAAAAUUGUAAAAUAAUUCAACAUGUCCAUCUUUUUAGUGAUAGUAAAAGAAAAUGUGGUAUUAAACUAUCAUAGUAGUUGACAGAAAAAGAAAAAAAGACUCAUGGCAUUAUUAAUAUAAUGAGUGCUUUACAUGUAUUAGUUAUACACAUUAGAAGCAUAUUUGCCUAGUAAGGCUAGUAGAACCACGUUUCCUAAAGUGUGCUCCUUAAACAUCAUGCCUUACGAUUUUCUACCAAAAGUAAAAAGGGUCAUAUUAAGUCAGAGGAAGAUGCCUCUCCAUUUUCCCUAUCAGAGGUUCGCAUGCCUGUCUGCAUAUUAAAAGCUCUGGGAAGACCUGUUGUAAAGGGACAAGUUGAGGUUGUAAAAUCUGCAUUUAAAUAAACAUCUCUGAUCACAAAA